AUGGCUGAUCAAGCAGAAUUGGUCUUUGUCAGGAGCUUCGUGAAAGUCAUCGGAGCACAGCCGAUUGUGUACAGUGACGACUACAACCAGCCCCCACAAAAUUCACUAAAGAAAGUCCCUAUCUUACCGGUUGAGCUUCCCCCUGUUCCAGAACGUAAAGGAGAGCCUUCUACACCGCCAGCCGCAUCAAUCAGCAUUACGUUCAAGUCAACAAAGCCUCCGCAGUCGUUCACGCUUGCCGUGCAGCCAACAGAUACCGUAUCCGAAGUUAAAGCCUUGCUUGCCUCUCAACCGAACGCACCGCCCGCAGAAGCACAGCGGCUUUUACUCAAAGGAAAGGCACUUGCUGACGCAAAGCUCCUCAGGGAAUACGGCGUUAAAGAAGGAGACACUAUAAAUUUAAUGCUUAAACCCGGGUUCGAGUGGGAUCCUACUAAAUCUCCAUUCCCGUCCAGCACUUCACCAGUAAAGAUGAAACCUUCCAAUCUUCCCGAAAUACAAACACCGCAACCGAGACUAGCAACAGGACAUAGACAUACACGCACGCCCUCCAUCGUAUUGUCGCCAUCGCCAUCAAUCGUGUCUCUCGAGCCGGAGGGCAAACCUCACGACAUUGAUCUGACUCUUGAUACAUCUCUGAUACCCACCGCUUCAAUAUCGCGUGCAGCGCGGUCAAGUUAUCAGACUGUUAUCUCCGAGCCACCAUUUUGGGAUCGUCUGUACUCUUUCUUGAGAACAGAAUUUAGUAACGAUAGUGAUGCGCUCAUCGCUUUUGAGGACUUCCUCCGGGCAAGCAAGGGAGGGUUGACAGCCAGUGAAAUCGCGAAAAUCCGUGAUCAUGUGGGCGUCGUCGGGAUGGCGGGCACGUAG